AUGAAUCCCCUGACGCAGGUGAAGCGGACGCAGGUGAUAAACCAGAAGGAGGCGGCGCUGGGCCUCAGCGAGGACGCCUCGUGGCACGCCAAGUUCAGGGGCUCCGCCUACGUCUUCGUCGGCGGCGUCCCCUUCGACCUCACCGAGGGCGACCUCCUCGCCGUCUUCGCGCAGUACGGCGAGGUGGUCGACGUGAACCUCGUGCGCGACAAGGCCACCGGCAAGUCCAAGGGCUUCGCGUUCGUCGCGUAUGAGGACCAGAGGAGCACGGUUCUUGCCGUCGAUAAUUUGAAUGGGGCUAAGGUUCUUGGGAGGAUCAUCAGGGUUGACCAUGUGGAGAAGUACAAGAAGAAGGAGGAGGAGGACGAGGAGGAGCUGCAGAAGAAGAGGGAGGAGCGCGGCGUGUGCUAUGCUUUCCAGAAAGGCGAGUGCAACCGUGGAGAUGCCUGCAAAUAUUCCCAUGAUGAACAGUCUGUGGUAAUAAUGUACACCUGCAUUUCUCAAGAUAAAGAUAUGCUGGAAACUUAUACUUGUACAAGAAAUGCAAACACUGGUUGGGGUUCUAAGGAGGAUGACCCAAAAUGGGAGCAUGACAGGCACCGUGGUCCACAAAAUAAGGGGGAAUCCCGUGGCAUCUGCUAUGCUUUCCAGAAAGGCGAAUGCAGUCGGGGAGAUUCCUGCAGAUUUUCGCAUGAUGAGCAGGUAGCUGUCCUGGGCCGUGGCGUCUGCUACGCUUUCCAGAAAGGCGAGUGCAGUCGCGGAGCUUCCUGCAGAUUUUCACAUGAUGAGCAGAGGAAUGCAAACACUGAUCGAGGUUCUUGGGAGGACAGCAAUGCAAGACGGCAGCAUGACCACGAUCCACCAAAGAGCCACAAAAAUUUCCCUGACAGGAAUAAAGAAGAGACGAGAUCAGGGGAUAGGGAUGGUCAAUCCUCAAGAUCAGAGUUGCACAGGGACCGAGAUUCUAGGUCGAGACACGGCGAUAGAGACACAAAAGAUAGUGACAGGAACAGGCACGAGAAAUCCCCCGAGAGAUCAAGAGGUGACAGGCAGAGAGGCGAUGACAGGGGAAGAGAAGAUAGAUCAGACACAAAAGAUAGGGACAGGAACAGGCAUGAGAAAUCCCCUGAGAGAUCAAGAGGCGACAGGCAGAGAGGCGAUGACAGGGGAAGAGAAGAUAGAUCAGAGAGCAGACGGUCUAGGCACGACAUAGACUCUGGUGGCCGUCACGAAAGAAGGGGUGACGAAGAGGAAGAACGGUACCGGAAAUCACGGAGAUAA